AAGAAGGAGGAAUCUGUAGAAAAAACGAGCUGCGCGAACUGUCCAGCCCCCCUACUUCCGCCCCUCAGAGGCAGCGCCGAGUUGUGGCUCCUCACUUGCCUCAGUGAGGAAGAAAGCAACAGCACCGACAGUCAUGGACAAGACAGCGCUUCCCUCCCUCGGCCCCGGGGACCUCCAGCUUUCACUGCUGGAGAUAGGCUGCUCAGGGAGGUUCGAGCUGCUCUCGCAACGAUUGUCAGACAACCAGCCUUUACAUCCUCUUAGCACUUUGCCUCAUGGCCUCCCCCCGACUGGCCUUGACCUGCGGGCGGAGGUGGAAACGCGCUUCUUGAGUGACCCAGAAUGGCUUCCCAUACAUGACACAGAUUCUGCCUUCCAGAAGUUCCUCCGAGUGGUUCAGAGGAAGCGGCAGGUGGAGUCUCUGCUCCACUGCGCUGUCUCCCCGAUGCACUCUGGCCUGUCUGUGGUACGAGACCCAACCACCGGAAUGCUCCUCGACUUCAAUGAGGUGUUGCUAGAGGACACAGGCUUGUCCUCAAAGAACUCACUUUCACUCUUACGGCCUCCUGGACCCCCCUCUGAGAGUCUACGUGGAAGUAAUACCAACUACCCUUUUUUACCCGGGGGUAUGGAGGAGCUCACCCUGGAACAGAUUAAGAAGAAGAGUGAGCAGGAAGAGGAAAUUGAUUUUGAAAACGGUUUGUUAACCGUAGCCCCAGGGCUUAAAGCCGGGAUGGACUUCGCUGCCAAAGAGCCCAGAACCUCAAGGGGAGAAGUCAACCUUCUGUCACUCCUUUCCAACUUCAAUGAUAUCAUUGACACUCAGCUAAAUGAAGAGGAUGGCGAGGAGAAGCAAAGAGAAGGGGAAGCACCUAAAAUAUCCAGGACCAACAGCCUUGAGGACCUUGGGAUCAAGGACUCUACGUCUGCCCCUUCCCAGUCCGCUACCUCCUCUGAGGGCAAGAAAGAAGGAAGGGUGGAGAAGGAGGGGGAACCAGUAGAAGAGAAGAAGAGGUGGGCCAUACCAGUGGACAUCAGCUCUCCUUGCGAAGACUUCUACAAGCGCAUUCCUGACCCAGCCUUCAAGUGGCCUUUUGAGCUGGAUGUGUUUCAGAAGCAAGCUAUCCUCCGACUAGAGGUGCAUGACUCCGUGUUUGUGGCCGCGCAUACAUCUGCUGGCAAGACUGUGGUAGCCGAGUAUGCCAUUGCGCUCUCACAGAAACACAUGACCAGGACCAUCUACACCUCCCCCAUUAAGGCUCUGUCCAAUCAGAAGUUCAGGGACUUCAAGAACACUUUUGGAGAUGUGGGACUUUUAACUGGGGAUGUCCAGCUGAACCCCGAGGCCUCUUGUUUGAUAAUGACCACUGAAAUAUUGAGGUCAAUGCUUUAUAACGGUUCUGAAGUCAUACGAGACCUCGAGUGGGUCAUCUUUGACGAAGUGCACUACAUUAAUGACGCAGAGAGAGGGGUCGUCUGGGAGGAGGUGUUGAUCAUGCUGCCCGAUCAUGUUAGCAUCAUCCUGCUGAGCGCCACAGUCCCCAAUGCCGUGGAGUUCAGCGAGUGGAUCGGGCGCAUAAAGAAGCGAUCGAUCUACGUGAUUAGCACAUUGAAAAGGCCUGUUCCCCUGGAAUACUACCUCUACACUGGCAACAGCACCAAGACUCAGAAGGAGCUCUUCCUCUUGGUGGAUUCAGCUGGGAACUUCCUCACCAAAGGGUACUAUGCUGCUGUGGAGGCCAAGAAGGAGCGCACCAGCAAACAUGCCCAGUCCUUUGGGGCAAAGAGCUCUUCUCAGAACACCACGGCCUCCCAGGACCGGGCUGUGUGGCUGGCCCUCCUCCACUUCCUGUCACAGCAGCAGCUGACCCCUGUGGUGGCCUUCACUUUCUCCCGCACACGCUGUGAUGACAACGCCCGCGCACUCUCCUCUAUGGACCUCACCAGCUCUGUGGAGAAGAGCGAGAUCCACUCCUUCUUCCAGAAGAGCCUCAGCCGCCUGCGGGGGGGCGAUCGGCAGCUGCCGCAGAUUCUUCUGAUGAGGGACCUGUUGAAGAGAGGCAUAGCCGUGCAUCACAGCGGCAUCCUGCCCAUCCUGAAGGAGGUCAUUGAGAUGCUCUUUUCCAGGGGACUUGUAAAGGUGCUGUUCGCCACCGAGACAUUUGCCAUGGGUGUGAACAUGCCGGCCAGGACAGUGGUGUUCGACAGCAUCCGCAAACACGACGGCACCGGCUUCAGAAAUCUGCUUCCUGGAGAGUUCAUUCAGAUGGCAGGCAGGGCAGGCAGACGGGGUCUCGAUGCCACGGGAACCGUCAUCAUCCUGUGCAAGGCUGGGGUGCAUGACAUGGGAGAUCUGCAUGCCAUGAUGCUGGGUAAGCCCACGGUUCUGCAGUCCCAGUUCCGGCUCACCUACACUAUGAUCUUAAACCUGCUGCGCGUGGAAGCCCUGGAGGUCACCGACAUGAUGAGGAGAAGCUUCUCCGAGAGCCACCGUGACACCCAGAGCCAGGAGAAGCGGAUUGCACAGCUCAGGAAGAAGCUGGCUUCCCUCCCUCCCCUGGACACGGACGGCCAGCUGGCAGACCUGGUGCCUUUUUACCAAACAUUAACCGAGCUACGAGUCACCAGUGAGAACCUGCAGAGGGCGGUAAUGGAGUCCGUCAAUGGACUGAAAGCCUUAUCCGUGGGCCGUGUGGUGGUGGUCAACAACUCGCAGCAUUGCAACGCCCUGGGAGUCAUUCUGCAGGUGUCCAACGACUCCACAAACCGCUCCUUCACAGCACUCAUCCUGUGUGAAAAGGGCAAGGAGGAGGGUGGGGCUGAGCCACAGAGCAGCAUUGCCACCUUGCAGCACCUCUACAACCCUGCUGUUUUUAUACCGGACGGUCCCUGUGGCCACACUGUGCAGAAGCUGAAGCUCCAAGACAUCUCAGCCAUCACCACAAAAACCCUCAAAGUGAUUCCUGAGAGGAUUAUCGACAAUUACAAUAAGAGACAACAACCACGCUUCAGGCUGGAUCCCCCUGGUCAGGCCAUUUCCACAGCAACACAGGAGCUUCUGCGUCUGGCGGAGUCCAACCCAACAGGCAUCGCCACCCUUGACCCUGUGAACGACCUCCAGCUGAAGGGGAUCGAGGUGGUCGAGGCCUCGCUUAGGAUGCGAGCACUGCAGGAGAGCCUGCGAGAGUUUAACUGCGUCCACUGUCCAACCUUCUCUGAACAGUUUGCCCAGGUGCAGGAGAGAAUGAGUAUCCAGGAGGAGCUGGACACCCUGCUCUUCCUCGUCUCAGACCAGUCGCUCUUGCUCUUGCCGGAAUACCACCAGAGAAUCCGGGUGCUGGAGUCUCUAAAUUAUGUGGACUGCAAGGGCGCCGUCCAGCUGAAGGGUCGAGUGGCCUGUCAGAUCAGCAGCCAUGAGCUGUUGCUCACGGAGCUGCUGUUUGAGAACACCCUGAGUCCGCUAGCCCCCGAGGAGAGUGCUGCCCUGCUGUCCUGCCUGGUGUUCACCCAGAACACACAGACCGUCCCCCACAUCACCAGCACCCUGCAGGAGGCCAUUGAUCGAGUGCUGUCGGUGGCCCAGCGAAUAGGCGAGCUGCAGAGGGACUGUGGCCUGGCCCAGUCGGCCGAAGACUUUGUGGCCCAGUUCAAGUUUGGCCUGACAGAGGUGGUGUACUGCUGGGCCAGAGGGAUGCCCUUCAGUGAGAUUGCCCAGCUGACAGAUGUGCAGGAGGGCACGGUGGUGCGCUGUAUCCAGCGGCUGGAUGAAGUGCUGCGAGAGGUGAGGCAGGCUGCGCGCAUCGUGGGUGACUCCGUCCUGGGAAGCAAGAUGGAGAAGGCCUCGCUGGCCAUCCGCCGGGACAUCGUGUUCACGGCAUCUCUCUACACUCACUGACACACACGGGACGUGGGGGAUGGACGGCGGAGGAUGGAGAAGCAGCACGAACAGAGUUGCACAUGACAAGGACACAGACAGACUCUAACUUGAGGGCUGUACCUUGACGGCUGGAAACGGAUCAGUUCAGCAAGGCUGUAAUUUAUUGUGCUGUAAUAAAAUCCACCGUAUUGCAACACUGAUAUCAGGCUCUUAUUUAACCUCCGUUUUGGCCCUUGGUUUAUUUAACAAAUGAAUUAGAUGUUGUGAUUCAGAAGUAUUUUCUUAUUUUGUGUUCAUUCACUAUAAGCAGGGAUUGUGAAGUGUGAAAGCAGAGCAGGUU